AUGGCUUCAUCGCAAGUCGCCGUCGGUCAGUACCAGAUUGCCACGCCAUGUGCGAAUCUUGUCCCACCCACGAUCCCUGGUGCUGAAGUAUUGAGCUUUGUUGCCGAGGAAAGGCACAACUACAGCUUUCCAGCAUUCCCACUCUUUUAUGGACCCGCAGUCAACGACCUCAGUUUCUGCAAUGUCACUCUGAGUCUAAGACAUACUGAUGCGGACGAUACCGUAUACGUCAACAUCUGGCUGCCUCUGGAGAACUGGAAUGGUCGAUAUCAAGCCACCGGCGGAGGUGGUCUCGCUGCAGGGUUUGGCGAACCCAUACUUGCUGGGCAGGUCGGCAACGGAUAUGUUGCCUCGUCGACCGACGGUGGCUUGACACUUGACAACACCGUUGAUCCGAACACCGGUGUAUGGGCGCUCAAGGACGACGGUACUCCCAACGAGGCCUUACAACUCAAUCUGGCGUGGCGGUCGAUUCACGACAUGGCCGUGUCGUCCAAGGACGUCAUCAAGCAGCUUUAUGGCUCGGACCCCCAAUACUCGUACUGGCAUGGCUGCUCACAAGGAGGUCGUCAGGGCUACGCAGCCGCUGCUAAAUAUCCACAUGACUUUGACGGCAUUCUAGCCACGGCCCCGGCCCUCGACCUGCCCGAAAUGGUGCCUUCAGACUACUGGGGAACGGUGGUCAUGCGGAACUCGGAGAUACCACCCUCCUGCGUGUUCGAAGAGUAUCAGAAGGCCAUUAUCGCCAAAUGUGAUCCCCUCGACGGCGCCUCGGACGGGCUGAUCUCCAGCCACGAGGUUUUGGAAACGUGCGACUUCGAUCCAGAUACCUUGGUCGGCAAGACCUUUGCCUGCGGCGAAGGUUGCGUGGUUCCAGACCCUUUCACUCUCAGGAAGAAGGUGCCGUGCAAAUCAACACACGACCUGACGAUAACCACAACUCAUGCCGAUAUUGUGCGAAAAAUCCUUGAAGGUCCUCGGACUGCUGAGGAUAAACAACUUUGGUAUGGUUUGGCCACCGGCGCCGAUUUCGGGGUGCAUGCAAACGUCGUCCUUACCGAAAAUGGUACCAGGGAAGUUGUGCCAUUCGUUGUCGCCGAGAGUUGGCUCAAAUACUUUUGCCUUCGAAAUCCGAGUCUCGACAUGACGAAGAUGACUCCUCCCGAGUACGAGCAUGGCUUUGAACAGUCUGUGACCCUGCUUGGACCGCUCUGGGGAAACCAGCAACUCGAAUUAUCUGGAUUCAAGCAGGCAGGAGGCAAAUUGCUGACAUGGUUCGGCAUGGCAGACGAGUAUAUCAAUCCACGUGGGAUGCUGCGGUAUCGGGAGGGUUUGGAGAAGACAUUCGGCGGAUCGGAUGCCGUGGACGAGUUCCAAUUGCUCUUCUUAGCUCCUGGUGCUGGUCAUUGCAUGGGUGGAACAGGCCCUAACCCGGUGGACCCCCUCGGAGCGUUAGUGUCAUGGGUCGAACACGGCAAGGCUCCUGAUGUUUUGCCGGCGUCAACCAGGACCGAAGCAGGCGUCGAGAUCACAAGGGAUUUGUGCCGCUAUCCAAAGACGUUGGUAUACCGAGGAGGAGACGCGAACAAGGCAAGCAGCUUUUCAUGUUCAGAUGUUGGUGGUGGAAGUGGUCACGACGAACUGUAG